CAAUAUGCACACCCCUCUUUUUCCACGAGGGGCAGUGCAGUUCUAUUAUCAAUAUCAAAUUUCAUUCAGAGGAAGUGUGUGGAUGAGCUUAAACAUUUUCAGUCCGUCAGUUCAAGGUAGUCCUCACAUCACUGUUCAAUGAUAAGAAGCAAUGGGUGGACCAGUAGAUGGCACCAGGCUUAUUCAGAGUCUAAAGCCUCGUCUUAUAGAUGCCCUAAUGGAAGAUGCGGAUUUUGUCCUGCAACAUUGCCAUUCCCUAAACAUACUGUCCAAUAAUGAAUACAACAAUAUCAAAGACAUUAAUAACCGAUCAAAGCAGGUUCGGGAUAUCCUGGAUUAUGUGAUUCACAAAGGCAAUAAAAGUGCACUGGAAUUCCUGAGGUUGCUGAGAAGACAAGACAUGCAAGACACAUUUCCAAAACUAGAGGUGCUUCAAGACCUGUCAAUCAACAAACGAAAAGCCCCAAAAUCUAUAGAAACAACAGCAAAAAGAAAAACAGAGCUGGAAAACAAUGUUCUCAGCGAGCAGCCGUGCAUGAGCAAUUCCAGAAUGGUGACAGAGAAGGAGAUGAUGAAGGUCGCCGGAUGCAUUGGGAACAGCUGGCGGGAGGUGGGCAUUAUGGCACUGGAAAUGAGCACCACUACUCUUCAACAGAUCGAGGAGGAUUACAAAUUACACAAAGAACGCGUUUUUGCCAUGUUGCGACGAUGGAGCAUGCGCGAGAGGGAUGGGGCCACGGCAUCCUGUCUCUAUAACCUCUUAACCCAAGAGGAGAACGGCGUUGACCCCAGGAAUAUAAACUUUUUGCUGGAAAACAACUGAGGCCUGUGAGAGCACUCAUGAAUGAAAGUAGCACUUAGACACCACUAGAGGGAGCUAUAACUGCUAGACAGUUACAAUAGAUAAUGUUUACUGCUUUGUGUUUGUUGUUUUUUUGUGUUGUUCGUUUAAUUAAGGGCAUAUUAAAGUACGAUAUAAGCUCAAGCGCAGCAGCUUAGAAUAUCAAGCGGGUAUUUCAGAUGGUUCUUAAUGUUUAAACUUUUGUUUAGACAUUGUUUGCUUAAAUUAAGUCUUUUAUUGUGUGAUCCGUAAUUUCUUUUUAAAGGAGGCAUGACUGAAAUAACCAGUUGAGCUGUGUGUGUAGCGUUUUUGUGUUUCUGUUUGCCUCUUGGCAUUAUUCCAGGAUAUUUUUUGUUUCCAUAAUUUUCACAUGAGGUCAAUUAGCAUGUACAUUCCUGUUUUUAAGAUGUGUUUGCACUAUCUGUACAUGUAUUUCAUGAUAUAGCUUUUUCUCAGGUGAACCUGCUUUGUACUAUGGCGUCCUAGCUUUAAUUUGCAAAACUAUACAUUUCCUUUUUUUCAAGAAAAACAAAUGUAAAAGCUUUAUAUCAAGUUUUAAACUUAAAAUUCAAUUCAGUGAACAGAUAAGAAAAGCCUUAUGUUCAUCAGGAGUUUAAAAAGAUUUUAUGUUCCAACAGAGACCGCUAUCUGGCAACAUUACAACGACCUUUGGUCUCUCGGCAAGUAUCACGUUGUUUCACCCUGAUGUAUUUUCACCCGGGUGGUUCACCCGUGUUCACCCUUGUUCACCCUUGUUUUGCAUGCCAAGCAGGUGAUGGGUUUAGAGGUGGAGCUUUGUACAAUUCCAUUGCACAGGCUGGUCAUUAAACAUUUUCUUUUAAUUUUGGAUUAUAAACCAUUUUUAACAUUGCAACCAAAUACUAGAGCCUUCAUUUCAAUGUCAAAUCAUGCUUUAAUUAAUUAAAAAAAAAAGAUUUGUGUAUUCUUCCCUCCAUUGUAGCUAAUAAUGUUUUGCUCUUGUGUUUUGUAUAUGAUUUAGGUUACAGGUGAUGGGAUAAUUUUAUGUAAAAGAAAAUAAAAAUAAUUAUUUUCAUAAUGGGAUUUAAGUUUAACCUAGAAAGGUUUAUUUUUGAUAUUUGUUUAAGUCUUGUUUGUUGUUUUAUAAGCUUGAGCUCAUAAAAUCUGCCUCUUGGAAUAUUCUCAAUGUGAAUAAAUGACUCUGAUAUA